GGAUUUACUCGAAUUGCUUUUUAAUGAGUUUGCUUUUAUUUAGCCACGACAAUUGGCUUUUCUCACUUUUAAUGGUCAUCCAAUCAGAGCGGCUGUCGGAAAUGUCAACUGUCAAAACCAACAACGUGUUUAGAGAAUAAACAAUUUAUUAAUUUUAGUAUUUUAAGUUUAAUUGAAUAACAGAAACAUUAUUGAGAUGUCGGAACAGUACAAGAUUUUGCACCCUGUGAAAUAUUACAGGGACUACUUGGCCCACAAUAUCCGCCCCGAUGGACGAGAAUUCGAUAAAUACAGACCCAUUGUGGUCAAUUUGGGUUCCAUUUCUACGGCAGACGGUUCCGCUAUAGCCAAAGUUGGUCGAACGACUGUGGUUUGCGGCAUCAAAGCAGAGCUGUGUCAACCUAAAGCAGAAGCCGCAAAUGAGGGGUUUUUGAUUCCCAACGUUGAAUUGCCGCCUCUGUGUUCAUCCAAGUUUCGACCCGGACCCCCAACCGAACAAGCACAAGUAGCGACACAGUUAGUUGCCGAUAUUCUAAAAAACUCAGAAUGUUUAGACCUAAAAAGUUUAUGUAUAUUUCCAGACAAAUUAGCUUGGUGUUUGUUCGCCGAUUUAAUUUGUUUGGAUUUGGACGGGUCCUUGAUUGAUGCGUGUAUGAUCGCAUUGAUGGCGGCGCUUAAAUCAGUGAGGCUGCCAGUGAUUGACUAUGACCCAGCCUUAGACAACAAACAAGCAAAUUUAGAACAUCGGAAGCCCCUAAAUAUCACGAAUAUUCCAAGCUCGACGACCUUCGCCAAAUUCGACGAUAAAAUCGUGAUGGACCCAACAGUGGACGAGGAAGAUUUAAGUACAGCACUAAUAACAAUAGCGCUUAGAAAAAACGAGUUGUGUUUUGUGCACAAACCUGGCGGAGCGUCUGUAACUGACGAGCAGUUGUUAAAGUGUAUAGACGAGAGUCAAAAACGGGCAAUAGUUAUAGAGGGUAUUGUUGAAACAGCUUUGCGAAGUUUGCAAUAAACACUUGUUUUUAUAUAAAUGUAAA